AUGACAAGAGAUGGAGAUGAGAUUGGAUUAAUACCCUGCCCAGAAGCCAGGUAUAACCGGAGCCCUAUAGUCCUGGUGGAAAACAAGCUUGGUGUGGAGAGCUGGUGUGUCAAGUUUCUUUUGCCGUAUGUCCACAAUAAACUUCUUCUCUACAGACAAAGAAAACAAUGGCUGAACAAGGAUGAACUGAUAGAUAUCACCUGCACGCUGCUGCUACUGAACCCAGAUUUCACCACUGCUUGGAAUGUAAGGAAAGAAUUAAUACUGUCUGGCACUUUAAAUCCACUUAAGGAUUUGCAUCUUGGAAAACUGGCAUUAACCAAGUUUCCAAAGAGCCCAGAAACAUGGAUUCAUAGACGAUGGGUGCUGCAACAACUAAUUCAGGAAAACUCCUUGCCCACUCUUGUGACUAAAGGAAAUUUGGAAGCAGCACCUGUGGAAAGAGUUCACCAACUAGUGCAGGAAGAAAUGGAUGUCUGCUCUGAAGCUGCUGGGAGAUAUCCAAGCAACUACAAUGCCUGGUCACAUCGCAUCUGGGUUUUGCAGCACUUGGGAAAGCUGACUGUCAAGGUUCUUCUUGAUGAACUUUCUUCCACUAAAUGUUGGGUGUCCACACAUGUUUCAGACCAUAGCGGGUUUCAUUAUCGCCAAUUCUUACUGAAGUCCUUGAUAGGCAGAACUGUGCCUGACAAUAAUAUACAAGUACAAAAACAAAUGGUAAAUGAGCAAAACUCUGUCCUUCAAAAGGAGGAGGAAAGUGAGGUGGCAGAGGCUGCCUAUGCAGAAGAACAGAGUGUUGAUCUUCCCCAUCAUCUAAAAGAAGAGUUAGAACUCUGCACUGAUUUGAUUGAUGCUUACCCAGGUCAUGAAACUUUGUGGUGUCAUAGAAGGCGUGUGUUCUACCUUCAAUACCACCUAAGCAACAGAAUUCCACUUCUACAUGUAGUGUUGUCAUCUCUGGACAGCAGUGAUGAAACUUUGAAUAAUUCACAAGCCAGUCUUGCGACCUGUCACAUGACACAGGCUAUGGAUGUUGAUGGUUUGAAUGAAUCCAGCAGCAAGCAAGGCUAUACCCAGGAAACAAAACGUCUGAAACGUGCCCCUGUGCAGGACUCUCUUGGCCCAGAAAUGGAAUACAGGUUCAUUGACAAAAUUUUAUCAACUUGCAGAGACGUGGAACAAGUCAGAUUUGCUACUGCAUACCGAAAAUGGUUAGUUACUUUCUUAGGUCAGUGAAGGAAAAGUUUAAAGCCUGCAGGGUUCUGCUUUUAGUGCAAUAUUCUCUUUUCAGACACAAAUGCAUGUCUUAAUUGCAAGUGGUAGCUAACUUUGUGGUUCUCACUCUUUUUCUGGUCAGUGCUAAGUUCAUUUUCAGAGUAGAUGUCUGUCACUUUAUUAAACAACUGACAUACCAUGUUGCUAG